CCCCCCUUCCCUCCCUCCCUCCCUCCUCAGCAUCAAGUGCAGCCUGAGCGGAGCGUCCCGGCUGCGACUUUCUCUCAGCCACUUUGAAGAAGCAAUGAGGAGAAGGGAGCCGUCACCCUGCUGAUACCAGGACGUCUGGGAUGCACUAACCCCCGUUUGUUUUCCAGUGGGAUCAUAUUUGUAUAUUUCUCGGGAAAACAAACAAUACAUUGCGGAUUUGGCAUAUCCAUCAAUCGGAUGCAAGCAGAGCCAGGCCCAACUUAAUAAUGGGCCCUCUACCCCUGUGUGUCCUGCUCCCGGUGACAGUGCUGGCUGUGGUGGUGGCUGUUGCUGCUGAGCAGAAUGCAGUCGAUGAUGAGUAUACCUGGCCACAGUGGAAGGUGCCUCUGGUAAGAAAAAGACGCACUGUGCCUCUCAGCACCCCAGACUUCUCAGCCCGUCCUCAGUUGGAGCUGAGUGGGACCUGUGGGAUCGAGUGUCAGCGUCGCCUCCCUGCCUCUUCUCUGGAUGACCUGGAGCAGUUCCUGUCCUACGAGACGGUUUAUGAGAAUGGUACGCGCACAUAUACUUCAGUAUCUGUGCAGGGUCUUAAUGAGGCGACUGCCUGGUCCAAAAACAUCUCAUCUAGCUCCCGCCAUAAACGUGAGGUGUACGGCACAGAUACCCGCUUCACCAUCUCUGAUAAGCAGUUCUCCACCAAAUACCCCUUCUCCACCACUGUGAAGAUCUCCACAGGAUGCUCUGGAGUUCUCGUGUCACCUAAACAUGUACUGACCGCUGCCCACUGUAUCCAUGACGGGAAAGAUUAUCUAGAUGGGGUGAAGAAGCUUCGUGUUGGUAUUCUGAAAGUGAAGUCCAGACGAGGGAAAGGGAAAGGAAGAGGAGGGCGAGGAAAGGGCAAAAGGAGAAGGGGAGACAAAGAUAAAGAGGAAGUGCAGGAAAAGGAAGAGAAUGAUGGGAAAGGAGAUCGUAAAGGAAAAGGGAGAGGAAGAAAAAGCAGGAGUCGGCGAAGUGUGGAAUCAGAGAAACCUUCAUUUAGGUGGACCAGGGUCAAGCAGACCCAGGUGCCUAAGGGCUGGUUCAAAGGUGUGUCUGACGGACUGGCUGCGGAUUAUGACUACGCUGUUCUAGAGUUGAAGAAAGCCCCAAAAGUCAAGCACAUGGAUCUGGGUGUUGUCCCUUCGCUCAAGAAGCUCCCCGCUGGGAGGAUCCACUUCUCUGGCUUUGACGAUGACCGACCUGGCAACCUAGUAUACCGAUUCUGCUCUGUCUCUGAUGAGUCCAAUGAUUUGUUGUACCAAUACUGCGAUGCUAAACCUGGUUCCAGUGGCUCUGGGGUCUACAUUCGCCUCAAAGAGCCUGGCAAGAAGAAGUGGAAGAGGAAGAUCAUCGGGGUCUUCUCUGGUCACCAGUGGGUGGAUGUAAACGGGGACGGGCGGCAGCAGGAUUACAACGUGGCGGUGAGGAUAACACCUCUUAAAUAUGCCCAGAUCUGCUACUGGGUCCAUGGGGACUCAAGUGAGUGUAAGGUAGCCUAAGACAACACAGGAUCACCCAUUAACCAGCACCCGUCCCUCAGAUCCACAUCUAUUCAAGGGACACCCUACCUACUCUCACCACCCAUCUGUCAUUACCAACCAGGGGCCCGACGACUGCCUCUCCUCUUCCUGUCUUCCUGUUACCUCUUGUGCCUCCCAGUGACUCCUACUACACUGAUCUACACACACACAAACACACACACAUACACACAACCCACAAACAGCCAUACAGACUCAGUGUUGACAACAGGAUCUUGUCAACGCAUCAAGAGAACUGUGGCUCAUCACCUUUCUAAUUUAUUUGCUAAAAAAAAAAACAAUUGAGAAAAAAAUAUGUAUUGUAUUUUCAGAUCAUUGAGAUCUGCAGUUUUGCUUUUUCUUUUGACUCUUUUUCUUUCAAAGAUUUCAGCUUUUUGGAUACAAUGAUGGAAAGUGUGUAUGUCAAAUGUUUGCGAACGAAGCCCUGGUACAUUCGCCUUAUAUUCCGAUUAGGCUUUGUAUGGAUAGACUUGUACUUUCAAGUGUUCACCACUGUAAAGUACUGUAAAGAGGAGUACAUGCAUUGGCUUUGACAAAAGACCCAGGAGAGAUUAAUGUAACUUGUUUUACAAAUGAACUAUAUAGAGCUAUUGAGAUAACUGUUUUUAUAAACAUUUUAAUUGAAUGAGCUGGUGUUUUGCAUUGUGUAUAUCUAGAACUUUGUUUUUUACAACUACCUUUAAAAAAAAAGAUUAUUUUUCUGUCUAAAUAGAGAAAGGGUCCUUCUUAGUUGAUUUUUCUGAUUUGUGAGUCUCACCGUCUUUUCUUUGCUCUUGCAACGCAGUGAAUUUUGGUUUCAUUGUUGUGCACAUAAUUAUAUCGGUGCUUAUCCAGGAGACGUGGUGCUAAUUUAUGGAUUGUUAUGAAACUUUUUUUGGGGGGGCUUCUCAGAAUAUAUUUUGAUAGCCUAGUACUGUAACUAUGUAUUUAAUGUGAGGCUACAUAUUUGGGUUGUGUUAAGAUGGGACUGAACAAUGUACUUGAGCUGUUGAGAUUUCUCUAAUUCUAAGGGGUAAACAAGAUUACAAACGCAAUAUUGUUAUAUAAUAAUAAAUUUGAAUCUGGGAUGUGAUAUUUUUUACUUUUCUUGAUGUUUGCGUUCCAAAAAUUCAUUGAAUUCCAAAUACCUGAAUUAAUGAUGCAGAUUGAAGAAUACCAACCAUUAAACCAAGAUUACUA